AUGUCAGGGUCAAAUGCACUCCAGUUUUUCACUUGUACCUUCUACCAUGAGUCAGAUCUCGACCUAUAUGCUUAUCCUGGCCACAUAUAUGAGUUGAUGGAAUGGCAUGAGUCUGCUGGGUAUGAUUUUGAACCCAGCUGGCAUCAAGAGGAGGGCUGGUGCAAUCACAUUUUGGCUGAUUGGGAUGGUACAGCAACCAGAUUUCCACAAGCCCCAGCCAUUGGCCUAGACCUCCUGUGGUAUCCUGAUAUUGCUGCUAUUUACAUGAUCAAGCAGUUUGUGGUUAUGCAUGGAGAGACCACAGAGCUCAAGGUUCAAGUCAUCAAGAUGAUCUACAACCCAAUUAAAACUAUUAUGAAAUUUCACUUGACUUGCAUGAUAAAUAUUAUUACUUUUAGUGCAAGAUAUUCUUUCUAUCCUAUUGUGACAUUUGAGGAGUGA